AUGUUGAAGCUUGGCUUUACAAAGGCACAAAUAUCGACACAUUUAAGUAAAUCACAACAGAUCAAAUCCAUUGUUAUGCCUAUUUUACAACAAACGAAACCAUUAUCGUCGCUGUCCGCUAGAGGCGAGACCUACAAAUUGCAGUCUCAGCUACCAAAGUUGCCAGUUCCUGAAUUACAAGAAACUGCCUCAAAGUAUAUCAAGACCAUUGAACCAUUUUUAAACCCACAGCAGUUGGCUGCUUCAAAGGCAAAAGUUGAGGAGUUUAUACAGCCAGGCGGUGUUGGCGAAGAGUUGCAACAAAGAUUAAAUGCUUUUGCCAAGGGUAAGGAUAACUGGUUAGCUGAAUUUUGGGACGAUUAUGCAUACAUGUCCUAUAGAGAUCCAGUUGUUCCCUUUGUCUCGUACUUUUUUUCGCACAAGGAUGUAAGAAACAUUAUUGGCGAGGACCAAUUAUUGAAGGCUACCUUAAUUGCUUACUAUACUAUUGAGUUUGCUGAGAAGGUGCAAACCGAGGUUUUGGAACCAGAAGUUAUCAAGGGUAACCCAUUCUGUAUGAAUGCGUUUAAGUACAUGUUCAACAACUCUAGAGUCCCCGCACCAGGAUCAGACGUGACUCAACAUUAUGAUGUUGACUCGAACAGAUUCUUUAUUGUUAUUUACAAGAAUAACUUUUAUAAGGUUCCAACCCACAAUGAAUCUGGUCAAAGAUUGAGUAAAGGAGAAAUUUAUAGCUACUUGCAGCAAGUUAAGAAUGACCCAAGUCAACAGGGUAUUGCUUUGGGUGCAUUGACUUCGUUGAAUAGAGACGAAUGGUUGAGCGCUUAUCAGAAUUUGUUAAAGUCGCCAAUCAAUGAAGCCUCAUUGACUGAUAUCUUUGCAUCUACAUUUGUCAUUUGUCUUGAUGAAAACACCCCAAUCACCAUUGAAGAAAAGUCCAAAAACUGCUGGCACGGAAAUGGCCAAAAUAGAUGGUUUGAUAAACCAUUGGAGUUUUUCGUUAGUGCCAAUGGUAACUCUGGAUUCCUUGGUGAGCACUCGAGAAUGGAUGCUACACCAACAGUGCAAAUGAAUAAUACUAUUUUGAAGCAAAUCAGUGAGACCAAGCCAGAAGAGUUGAUUGCUGAGAUUGGUUCUGUUGCUCCAAAGGUUGGUCCUGCUGAUAAGUUGUCCUUUGACAUUAACCCCACAACGAGAGCCAACAUUGCCUCUGCGAUUGUUAAAUUUGACGAGACCAUUGCUGCGCACGAUGAAGAGAUUUUCCAACACUAUGGCUAUGGUAAAGGUUUGAUUAAGAAGUUUAAGUGUUCACCAGAUGCAUACGUGCAGAUGUUGAUGCAAUUGGCUUACUACAAGUUGACUGGUAAAGUUAGACCAACUUAUGAGUCUGCUGCUACAAGAAAAUUCCUCAAGGGUAGAACUGAGACUGGAAGAACUGUUUCCAACGAGUCAAAGAAGUUUGUUGAGACAUGGACUGAUCCUAACUCAUCUAUUGAAGAUAAGGUUGCAACUUUCCAGGCUGCUACUAAGCAACAUGUUGCAUACUUGUCUGCUGCUGCUGAUGGUAAAGGUGUUGACCGUCAUCUCUUUGGUUUGAAAUCCAUGUUGAAGCCUGGUGAGCCAGUUCCUGAGAUUUUCCAAGAUCCAAUCUUUGCCUACUCACAAACAUGGUACAUUUCUUCAUCGCAAGUUCCAUCUGAGUUUUUCCAAUCCUGGGGCUGGUCUCAAGUUAUUGAUGAUGGAUUUGGAUUGGCAUAUUUGAUCAAUAAUGAUUGGAUCCAUGUCCAUAUUUCUUGUAAGAGAGGCAAUGGAUUGAAAUCCGACCAGUUGAAGUGGUUCCUUGUUGACAGUGCUAACCAAAUGCAAGAUGUAUUGGUUAAAGGAUUGUUGGGUGACAAGGCUAAAUUGUAA